UUUUAUCGUGAUUAUUUCAAUUAUCUCAUAUGGAAUAUAAGACGUCAAUCACCACCAGCAUUGACUUCAACAAAAUACUUUGAAAAAUACUAUACACACCAAAUGCUUGACAUCAAAAUUCAUAAUGAACAGGAAAAGAUUUCGUCGGCUUGCUACCCAAAACUGCUACGUAAGACGGCGCUUUAAACGUAUUUUCACAGCUUUGAUUUUCAUAGUUGGAUGCUGUGUAUGCCUUUUAAAGAAAAGUUUGCCAUCAAAUGUUUUAAUGCCAUGCGAGUUCGAAACUGUUGCCCCGGACAAACCAGUUUUGAAAUUACUUCAGGGUCAACAAGUGAAUUGUCGAAUGUGGGAGCAAUUCUCAUAUAUCAACCAAUCAGGAUAUCUUCAUUUAAACACCACUGCAAUAAAUGACGCAAAUUUUAGCAUAAGCGAGUUUAAAUGUGAUUAUAGAUCAAUUUUAAUGGAUGGUUUAAAUGCAGUAAAAUUGUCACCAAGAGUAAAAUUUAUAGAACCAGUUGUUGUGUAUAACGAAUUUAUAUAUAUCAUUUGUAACAUUACUAACGAGACAACAGUGUAUUCAAACUUCCAUUUCAAUUUAAAUCCAAAAGUUAACAAAAGAAAAAUAUUAAACGAGACAACUGAUCAACUGAGUGUUGUCGUUAUUGGGUUUGAUUCGGUAUCAAGAUUUGUAGCAGAACAAAAACUGCCAAAGACUUUAGACUUUUUCGAAAACAGUUUAGGGGCCUACCCUUUAAAGGGGUUUACCCGCAUUGGGGAUAACACAUUACCAAAUUUGCUGGCUGUUCUUACAGGGAAAACCAUUCUAGAAUCUAUUCUAACUGCAAAAACAAUACCCGUUUUAUUCCAAGAAAUAUUAAGUAGGGGUUAUAUAGACUGUUUUGCAGAGGACUGGGCUCCCUACUUAGUGCCUUUUGUUGCUCAGUAUCCAAACUACACUCACUUUUUCCGUAGUAUUAUUCUAGCGAUUGAAAACAAAGACUUACAUGUUUCACAACUUAGUUCCAUGACACUGAAAGAUAUAGAAUUGAGUACUGAUCCAAUAUGCAUUGGGAAUGAAUUUAAACACAAGAUAAUUUUCGAGUAUACCAAACAAUGUAUUGAAAAGUAUGAAAAGAAAAGAAAGUACGUAUUUAUGUGGAAUAAUCAGGUUUCUCAUCACAAUCCACAGAGCUUAUUUUUAGCGGACAAAGACACAACACAAUAUAUACAGUGGAUGAAUUCAACUGGGAAUCUGAAAAAUACCGUGUUAAUAAUUAUGAGCGAUCAUGGACCUCGCUAUGGAAAAUUUGCUCAGACAGAAUAUGGAAGAAUAACCAGAAAUAAUCCGUUAUUGUCAAUUUACAUACCGCAUCAUGUCAGAGAAACAUUUCCUACUAUUGCUAAAAAUUUAAAAGUCAACGAAAACCGAUUGACCACGCCUUUCGACUUGUACGAAACGUUAAAGGAUAUCAUCUUCAGCAAUUUAGAAAAACGAGAAAAGGAAAGCAAUCUGUUUAACUCAAGAGGAACCAGUCUAUUUUCUGAAGUUCAUAAACAAAGAAGUUGCUAUGAGGCCUCAAUAGGGGAAGACUAUUGCCCAUGCUAUGCUAGUCAGCCAAUAUCACUUGCAGACAAUACAGUUGAAUUAGUAACUGCUUUUGCAGUGAAUUGGUUGAAUCAGAUAAUUACAGAUCAUAAUGUAUCAUGUAGUCAUUUGAAAUUGAAGUCCGUCAAGUCAUCAAGGAUUCAAUUCACCCCAUCUUUAAAUUAUGACAGGAAUAAGCAUCGUUACAUUAUAAAUUUCUAUACUUUUCCAGGCAAUGGCUUAUUUCAAGCUAUUAUAUUAAAAGAUAUUGAGAAAAUUAGCCUAUUUGGAAAUGUAGAUAGACUGAACGAAUACGGUAAUCAGUCUAGUUGUAUCCCAGAGAAGUUAGUACAUACAGGCCUCCGUAAAUACUGCUAUUGUCAAUCAUAAAACGAAUUAUAUUUGUACGAAAAUGAAAUAUCAGAGAAAAGGUCGUACUAAUGGCACACAGAACAAAAGUAUAAACAUAUUUUCAUUAGAUGAGA